UCGAAAGUGCCACGAAUUUUGUAAGUCUUAUAAGAAUCUGAUAAGAGAUUUGUAAGAACUUUGGAAUUGUCAGAAGCUCAAAGAGGAAAAAUUCAAUAACAACGAAUAUGCAACAACUUAAUUGCUAGUAUAACGGGCUUUCAUCUGACUGUUUUCGGUUAGCAAAGCUUCGGAAAUGUAAAGACAGUCUAAAAACCGGGUACGCAAUUCUAGCGUAUCAAUUAGUUAAUCGUUGCGAAACGAAAAAAAUCAAUAUUUUAACUUUUUUACAAAUUUCGAAAACUUUAGAAAAUUUUGGUUAGAAGACCACCCUAAGAAGUUUGAUCACAAUAGAAAGGUUGACUGAGCUUAAUAAUGUAUACAUAGGUUUGCAUUUUUAAUCGAGCCACAUUUUUUCAUCUAUUGUUCUUUCUUUCAUCUGAUAGAAUAUUAAAAUCCUAUCCGUCAAUAAAAACUGUUUUUAUAUCAAGUAUUGUUAUGGCUGAAGAUAAUAAUAUUGAUUUGAAUGAAAAUAAUGAAGCAAGUUUAAUAUGGAAACGUGAAUUUAAAAGUCGAGUAUUAACUCAAUUACUUCAUGUAUUAGAUGAAAUAGUAUCAUCGAUCCAGUAUGAUGAUGAAAAUGCCAUAAAAAUGAAAAUUAAGACGUUAAGUAAUUCUCAUUCAAUGCAUAAUCUAGACUAUAUGUCUUUAAAGCAAAGUAUACUUGAUGCAAUAAAAGUCGAAAUUAAUGCUAAUAUUAUACAAGAACAAAUUUUGAAUAAAUUUUUUACAUUUGUUUUUGAUCAGAUCAAUAACGAUAUUAAAAGUGACAGUGCAUAA